AUGGUUUAGUAGUCCUUAACAAGCCGUUUGGUAUCAAAGUAUAUGGUCAUGACAAACCAGGUGCUAGGUCAAAAACUGGGCAGAAUAAUGCAUCAUCAGUUCCUGUAUGUGAUUUUACUGUAGAAGAUGCUUUACCACAUUUGAAAAAUUAUUUAAAUGUUUCUAAUUUAUCUAUCUUAAAAUCAGCUGAAAAGUACACUAGUGGAAUAAUGCUUCUUAGUGCAGAUCAGAAAAUCUCAGACAGUGUGAAAAGGUCUUUUAAUAUUGCCAAAAAUAGAAAAUUACCUCAUCUUAUCCACUGGAUGCUGACAUUGGGUUAUCCUGUUGCAACAUAUAAAAAGGAAAGAGUGGGAAUAAAAUUUCUAGAAGCUGGAGAAGGAGAAAUAAGGCAGCCUGUAAUUGUUAAUGAUGUGAGUCGUCGAGCAGUUGCAUUAAAAAGAAUACACCCAGUCCUUGUUGAAUUUAGAGUACUAUCUACCAAUCCAGCAUUACCUACAAGUUUAGUAGAAAUUGCUACAUCAUCAGUGAAAUUCCAUUUUGUUCGUGUAUAUGCGUCUGAUCGAAUAGCAACUAUACUAGGAGAUGUUUUAUAUAGUUCUAGAAUGAAUACUCUAUUAGGAGUACCAGUGAAAACUCAAAUUCAGAAAACAUUAUCAUUUGAUAUGCAGCCCUUACCUGAAAAGAUAGCAAAAGAAUUAGGUGUACCCAAAGGUGCUGCUGGGCAUUCUAUGAUACCAACAAUGCUUCAUUUAAGAAGUAUAAUAUUGCCUUCUUUCAGAGGUGAAGACCUGACACUUACAGCUGAAUUGCCUAUGCAUUUUAGAUGGACCACAGAUAAAUUACAUUUAUUAAGUUAAUGUAAAUAAAAGUGAUAAAACAAAUUAUUUACA